UGCCUGCUCCAUGGACCAGCCCCAGAUUACUCGUGGACUGCUUAAUACACAGUAAAUCUAUUAUAUAUACUCCGCAUCUUUUUUUUUGACAUUUGAAGUUCCAACUCUCCUUGCUGAAUUACACAUAUUGAAAAUAUAUGUUGUGGAAGUCCUGAAAUUUCAACUGGCCUAUAGCAGAGAAGACCCAUCAUGUUUUUGUGUGCAACAAUGUUUUCUACAUUAUUUCUGCUUCUCUGCCUGACAGAGCAUGUGUUCGCCAAAGACCCUCCCGAUGUGGAUUGUAUAGUGGUGCAUGUGCACUCUGUACACUGUUCCUGGAAUACACAGUGGACUCCAGAGGUCAAUUACACCUUCUACAGCUGGUUCAUUAAUGAAGAACCCAGUGAGUGCAGCACCUAUUUGUCAGAGAACAGCACAGUCACUGGAUGUAUCCGGCCCUACAAGAAAUCCCAGAGGUUCAACAUGUUUUACACAAAACUAAUACAUGACAAACACACUUUUCAGAUGGUCCAUGAUCUUAAAAACAGAGUCAAGUUAAAUCCACCAACCAACCUGACUGUCCAGAGUGGAUCAGACUCUAAUCUGUGGUACAACUGGAAUCAGACCUCCGCAUCCUGUGUGGAGAGUGAGGUCAGCUUCAGGGUCGACUGCGAGAAGUGGCAGACUUCUGAGGUCAGUGUUGGGAGGCAGAGUUACUCCAUCAAUUUGCCAUCUAGCAGUGUACAAUACGAGCUGCGAGUGAGAAGCAGAAUUGGGAUCGACUGUGGAAAGUCUUUAUUUUGGAGUGACUGGAGUGAGCCUGUGAUGUGGGGUUCCAACAGUCAAUCAAUCAAUCAAUCUUAAUUUGUAAAGCGCCAAAUCACAAGGUCAUCUCAAGGCACUUUACACCUAGAGUAGGUUCUAAACCGUACUCUUCAGGUUUAAUUUAAAGAGACCCAACAUUCCCACAUGAGCAAGCACUUGGCGACAGUGGCACAGCCUACACAGCCUGCACAGACUAAAUAAAGUGAUUUCCAAUUGUU